GAUGACGGUCGGUCAACAAAACUUUGUAAUUCGAACGAAACUCACGGGACAGUUCGGAUCACGCGUCGCGUCACGAAUGUUUCCGCUUUCCGUCGGAGUUUCUUAAAACAAGUUUUCCGUGUGUGGUUUUCAUUUUAAUAAUAAAACGUGCGAGCGAAAUUCGAAGUAAUUCAACGGUGAUUGCCAGGUGUUACCAGGUGAAUGUGAUCGUUUCGUGCUGCGUUACCUGGGACUUACCUGAAGGGACAAACGGAACCGAAGAAAGCAUCGAAACUUUACAAGUUUACAAUUAUUAUACAAAAUCCAUUCUACUGUGUGAAUUCAAGUGCAUCGACAAGGAUUUUACCAUUUUUAACACGCACGAUUUACUACGUCAGAAUCGGUCGCAUUCUUUCUCACAAACGAUCUGUACACUUUUUUUUUAUCGAUACAACGACUCUCGAAUGAUUACGAUUCUCAGCUCGUGCAUUCACCUUAGUUUGACGACAAUUACAAUGAUCUAUCAAAUCUGAACGUGUUUUACGCGCAUACGGUGCACGGUCACGGAAAUGCAGAAUGUAAGGACGAACCGUAAAAAAGUUUUCGGGAAUACGUUAAAAUUAAUCUGACGAUAGAAGCGUUAGACUUGAUGCGUCGGUCUGAAUGUAAGAAGAGGAAGUGCCUACACGAAAAUCGAAUGGAAAACGUCACGGAUGCUACAUGAUCGGCAGUUUCACGAAAGUAGGAGGGACUGCGAGUGCAAGUAAGAGGAAUGUUGUCUCACAGGUGUACGCCGUAAUGCUCUUCCGUUACGCCUCUCGAAGGAAAACGUAAUCGAGCCUCGAGACUCGCCACGUGAACUCAAAAAUGCGGAGAGCGUCCAGGAAUUGUCGGUUUUGUUUCGCGUGACUCGAUCGUGCCGAUUCUGCGACGUUCCGUAGUGAAGUGUUGAAGGAGGUGCGAGUGACAGAGAGUGGUUCGGGCAGAAUUUAUCAAGGAACAUGGAGUUGCCAUGGAGAAAUGCGGUGGCGGACCUGUCGACCUUCCUGACCACGAGGACGCGGAUUUUGUUUGCCGCUGUUUAUUUCAUCUGGAUCGCUGGAAGCGCCUGCGCCACUGAGACCCUCCAGGAACCGCGCUUCACCACUCAGCCUACUAGCAGCGGCAAUAUUCUUAGCGAAAAUCGAACGAAAUUUCUGCAGUGUCAAGCGAGAGGCCAUCCUCAGCCAAAGUACAAGUGGUUCAAGGAUGGGGUACCUCUCAGCAACGAGCUCACAUCGGAGCCCUAUUUUCGAAUGCAAAGUACACGAAGAGAAGACGCAGGAGUGUAUCACUGUGUCGCGACGAACGACGUAGGAUCUAUAUUUAGCGAAAGAAUUACACUCGCCGUAGCGUAUAUGGGGGUGUUCGAGGACCUGACAGAAAGGAUAGUGACCGUGAAAUCUGGCAGCGCGGCUGUUCUAACGCUGCCGCCAGUGGAAAGCCAUCCUGCACCUGACGUUACGUGGUUCGCAUCGGACGGGUCCCUGUUGUAUGGUAUAAAGUAUGCGUCAGCUCAUCACACGUUGCUGAUCUUGAACGCAUCGGAGACCGACGAAGGCCUCUACAGGGCCAGGGCCAUCAACACCCAACUGGGCAAAGAGGAGAACAGCCCGUUCUUCAAGCUGCAGGUCACAGGGGACGCGAACGCAGACGUGGCACCCACCAUAAUAGUGAAACCGCAGGACACGCAGAUAAUCAAGGAUCAGGAUGUCACUUACAUACACUGCAUAGCGAAUGCCAGGUCGCUGCACGAGCUGCGUACCCUGUGGACGAAGGAUGGAAUCCCUAUAGAGAACUCCAGGAUAUCGUACACCUUCAACGACUCGUGGAACAGAACGUUGGCGUUAAUAUCGGCGAACAUAACUUACACUGGUGUCUAUUCUUGUCACGUGGACUUGAGAAGCGGUGGAUAUCCAACGGCGAAUGCGAGUGCAAAGGUUGUUGUGUACGAAAAACCAAUGUUCAUAACAGAACUAAAGAGAGAGACUCUCAGCGAUUAUGGGUCGACUGUGACAUUGCCAUGUGAUGCUGUCGGUGUUCCUCCUCCUAACAUUAGUUGGUUCCGCAAUGCAGAGGCUGUGGAUCAUCUUCUUGGAUCUAGAUAUGCUAUGGAAGAAGAUGGCUCCCUAACGAUUAAAAAGUUAACGAUGAGUGAUUCAGGAAUGUUCCAAUGUCUCGCUUCCAACGAAGCCGGCGAGGCGUCUAGUUACACGUGGUUGAAAGCUAAAAAAGGAUUAGAAAGCAGACUGAAAAACAGAGUUGCCCGCUGGGCAGCUGGCUACAAUGUAGUCAGAGUUCGCCAAUCUGAUCGCCGUUUUAAGUUCUCUCAAUACCCAGACACGUCCGGACCAGUCAUGGAAAAUGGUCCACAGAAUUUAACUAUAUUAGAUGGAAAAGAUGCAACUCUAACGUGUAACGCUGUAGCAGCUCCGAUACCUAACACGACAUGGAUUUAUAAUGAUACGAUUCCGGUGGAGAUCGCAGGAAGAGUACAGGUUUUAGAUAACGGCGAUCUCCUAAUUGCAGCUGUGAAACCAAACGAUGCAGGAAAAUACACAUGUAUUCGAGCUAACGAAGCUGGUUCUGUGAACGGCUCGGCAUACCUUACUGUUUUAGUACGGACACAGAUUAUUCAACCACCUGUUGAUACAUCCGUGCUUCUUGGAUACACUGCUGAAUUACAAUGCAAGGUUUCCAACGAUCCAAGCGUUUUGUACGAUAUAGCUUGGUUUCACAAUUCACAAGUGAUAAAUACGCAAGCCAGUCAAAGAGUAAAGAUGCGCAACGAUGGUACAUUGGAAAUCGUUGCUGUUCGAGCUUCCGACGUCGGUGAAUACAUGUGUUCGGUGGUUUCUCCCGGAGGAAACGAGACACGAUCAGCUCGUCUUAGCGUAAUCGAAUUGCCCUUUGCGCCAAUAAACGUAAUGGCCAGUCGAAUCGAACGGAUUUCUCCGCGCACCAUUAAUGUUAGUUGGGUGCCUGGUUUUGAUGGAAACAGCCCAACGAAGAAAUUUAUUGUUCAGAGAAGAGAGGUUUCUGAUCUUGGACCUAUACCUGAUUCCGCACUGAACUGGAUCACCGAAAAUGACAACGUCUCUGCGCAGAGUCGCUGGGUACUAUUGAAUAAUUUGAAAGCCGCAGCUGCAUAUCAGUUUCGAGUCAGUGCAGAGAAUAGCGUUGGCGAGGGACCACACUCUGAUCCGAGUAACGUAGUAGCUCUUCCUCAAGAACCACCUAGUGGACCACCCGUGGGAUUUGUUGGCUCCGCUCGAUCGUCGUCGGAAAUAAUAACGCAAUGGCAGCUCCCGUUGGAGGAGUAUCGAAACGGCCAUAUUUUAGGAUACAUGUUAAGAUAUAGAUUGCACGGUUACAACGACAGUCCUUGGACGACACAAAAUAUCACCAACGAAGCACAAAAGAAUUAUCUCAUUACCGAUCUAAUCACAUGGAAAGACUAUAUCGUGCAAAUAGCAGCGUACAACGAUAAAGGUGUCGGAGUAUUCACCGAUGGUUUGAAGAUCAAAACUAAAGAAGGAGUGCCGGAAGCUCCACCGACCAACGUGAAAGCGAAAGCCGUUAAUUCGACGGCGAUAAAAGUUUGGUGGAAGCCGCCGAAUCCGCAAAAGAUCAAUGGAAUAAAUCAGGGUUACAAAUUGCAAGCCUGGGUGGGCCAUAAUUUCACAGAAGCGAACGAAUACAAGUCGAUGACCGUGCCACCGAGCCUAUUCGAUCCUCUCGCUGAACAAAGUGCCAUUAUGACGGGAUUAAAGAAAUACACCCUGUACAAUAUAACCGUAUUGUGCUUCACCGAUCCCGGCGACGGUGAGAGAAGCACACCCGUUCAAAUUCGCACCCGCGAAGACGUACCUGAAGAAGUAGAGAAUUUACAAUUCGAAGACAUAAGCGACCGUUCCCUUACCGUCAGAUGGAGUCCUCCGCCGGAGGUUAACGGGAUUCUUACUAAUUAUCAAUUAAAAUAUAUGAUCAAAGACCUGCCCGAUUCUCAAAAGGCUGAAAAUUUCACAGCGGACGUUCUCUCAGCGAAAAUUGAACACUUGCAAGCGAUGACGCAUUACAAGUUCGAAGUCAUCGCGUGGACCUCUGUAGGUCCUGGAAAACCGAGGGUCGCUGUCAUUCAGUCGGGGGUCGAACCUGUUCUCCCAGAACCGCCCACUAAGUUAGCCCUGUCUAAUAUAGACGCAUUUUCCGUUGUCCUUCAAUUCACGCCAGGAUUUGAUGGUAACUCGUCUAUAACGAAAUGGACGGUGCAAGCGCAAACAACUCGAAACACCACGUGGUACAAUAUAUACGAAGUCUCGGAUCCUGAUGCUAGUACAAUAACCGUGGGUGGGCUGACUCCUUUCAUGCAAUAUAAACUACGUUUGAUCGCUAACAACGUUGUCGGUGCUUCACAACCUUCCGAGCCAACGAAAGAGUUCCAAACCAUCCAAGCACCGCCCUCGCAUCCCCCUAGAAACGUUACGGUUCGCGCGAUGAGCGCUACAGAAUUGCGCGUCAGGUGGAUUCCGUUACAGCAGAUAGAAUGGUAUGGCAAUCCAAGAGGAUACAACGUUACUUACAAGGAAGUACGAACGAAUACAUCGAAAAGCAUAACUAUAGAGGAUCACACCGCGAAUUCUUAUGUAUUAGAAAAUAUGGAAGAGUAUGCUCUGUACGAAAUCGUGAUGCAGGCGUUUAACGACGUUGGUUCUUCUACGUUGAGUCCCAAAGCAGUUGAGAGAACUCGUGAAGCAGUUCCUUCAAUGGGACCCAUUAACGUAGAAGCCAACGCGACUUCUUCCACUACUAUAUUAGUAAGAUGGGGUGAUGUUCCUAUCGAACAUCAGAACGGGCAAAUAGAAGGGUUCAAAGUCUACUAUGGGGCAAAUGCUAGAUCAGCAUUCCAGUACAAAAACAUUCCAAGCAAUACUACUUUUACGACGACUUUGACGGAGCUUCGAAAGUUUGUCCAAUAUCACGUUCAAGUUCUAGCGUUUACGAGACUCGGCGAUGGUACUUUGAGCACCCCACCAGUUCGAGUACAAACAUUUGAAGAUGCUCCUGGGCCUCCAUCGAACGUAUCAUUCCCCGAUGUAAGCUUUACUACUGCCCGUAUCAUUUGGGAUACUCCAGAGGAUCCAAACGGAGAGAUCCUCGCCUACAAAGUUAUGUUUCAUCUAAAUAACAGCCAAAACCAUCAAUUCUCUAAAGAAUUUCCUGCGUCGGAUAGAACUUUUAGAGCUACUGGUUUAGAACCGGAAAAAUAUUACAUGUUCUCCGUAACCGCGCAGACGAGGCUUGGCUGGGGUAAGACAGCGUACGCUCUUGUUUUCACUACGAACAACAGAGAACGUCCUCAAGCCCCGUCAACGCCGCAAAUAAGUAGAUCACAAGUACAAAGCCGGCAAAUAACAUUUACUUGGACGCCUGGCCGCGAUGGAUUUGCUCCAUUACGUUAUUACACGGUGCAACAAUCAGAAAAUUCAGGACCAUUUCAAAUCAUUCCUGAAAGAAUGGAGCCGACUUUAACGUCUUACACAGCAAACAAUUUGAAACCCUUCACAUUCUAUCAGUUCCGCAUACAAGCUACUAAUGACAUAGGUCCUUCAACUUGGAGCACAGAAUCUGUUCAAGUUCAAACUUUACCAGCUGCACCUUCCCGAGGUGUCACGGGACUGAAAGUCGUUCCGAUAACAACAUCUAGUAUAGAGGUUCAUUGGAACGCGAUAGAUGAAGUAUACUGGAGCGGAGAUCACGAAACAGGUGGUUAUCGCGUUGUUUAUCAACCAGUUUCUGAUUUUCCGAUAGCUCUUCAAGACACGCCGAAGGAAGAAGUUUUAGGAAUAAAAGCCACAAAAAUUGUCUUGAGUGACCUAACAGAGGAUAGAUAUUACGAGGUAGUAGUACUACCCUUCAAUUCCGAGGGAGAAGGUCCAUCUAGCCCUCCAGUGACUGUGUACGUUGGAGAAGCAGUUCCUACUGGAGAACCGCAACAUUUAAAAGCGGAAUCAAUUUCUUCUACAGAGGUUCAAUUGCGCUGGAAACCACCACAAGCUAAUAUGCAAAAUGGAGAUUUAUUGGGAUAUAAAAUUUUUUACUUAGUCACCGACUCGCCCCAGGAGCUGGAAAACAAGCAAGAGGAAGAAAUAGAGGUUGUACCAGCGUCAUACUUAACGCAUAGCUUAGUUUUUCUGGAUAAGUACACGGAAUAUCGCAUUCAAGUAUUGGCGUUCAAUCCUGCGGGUGAUGGUCCAAGAUCUCCACCCAUUACCGUCAGGACUAAGCAGGAUAUACCUGGACCACCUCACAAUCUUCUAUUUUCGGAGAUCACGAUGACUAGUCUUCGUGUUUCUUGGGAAGCACCGAAAUUACGAAACGGUGAAAUAGUCGGUUACAUUGUUACUUAUGAAACGGCAGAACAAAAUGAUCGUUUCAGUAAACAAGUCAAGCAGAAAGUAACAGAGACAAGUUUACUGAUUCAACCUCUGGAAGAGGAAGAAACAUAUACUUUCAUGGUUCGAGCUCAAACCAUUGAUUUUGGUCCUCCCAUAUCUGGAAAUGUUACAACGGGUCCGCAGGAAGGUUCACCGAUAGCACCGAGCAAUCUUGCUGUCACUAAAACAGUGUCUAGCGUUGAAUUGCAAUGGCUUAACGGAGCUUCCGGGAAAGGACCUAUUCUUGGAUACUAUAUUGAAACGCGUCGAAAGGCAAUGGAAGAGUGGCAGCAUUAUGACAGUCGGUGGCAAACAAUAGUACGCAGUAGCAAUGGACCAUUAACAGAAUAUUCUGUAUCCUAUCAAAAUCUACUUCCGUCUACGUCGUAUCUGUUCAGAGUAAUAUCGUACAAUCGCUAUGGAAUCAGUUAUCCGGCGUAUUCAACGGAAACGAUAUUAACGCCGUCGAAGCUGUAUCUUGAAUAUGCGUAUUUGCAACACAGACCAUUCUACAGACAAACUUGGUUCAUGGUUACUUUAGCUGCCGCCUCGAUUAUAAUUAUCAUAAUGGUCAUAGCGGUGCUAUGCGUGAAAAGUAAAAGUUAUAAAUAUAAACAAGAAGCACAAAAAACUUUAGAGGAGUCCAUGGCAAUGGACACGGACGAUAGGCAAGAAUCCGACUUAGAACUUUAUAGAUCAAGACAAGGAGGAGGUGGAGCUAUCAACAUGGCUAGUGCUUGCGGUACUUUAGGUAAAAGAAGCACAUUAGCAAGAAAGUCCAUGCAUCCUCCUCCUCCUACGAUGCUAGGCAAAUCACCCCCUAGACCUUCGCCAGCGUCGGUGGCUUAUCACAGCGACGAAGAGAGUCUCAAGGGGUACGAUGAAAAUCCCGAUGACAGUAGCGUCACAGAGAAACCUUCUGAAAUUAGUUCGACUGAUUCACAGGGAUCUGAAAGUGAGAAUGAAAGUGUACAAUCGGACCCACAUUCCUUUGUAAAUCAUUAUGCCAAUGUAAAUGACUCUCUGAGGCAGUCAUGGAAGCGGCAAAAGCCAGUUAGAAAUUAUUCGUCGUACACUGAUUCUGAACCUGAAGGUAGUGCUGUUGUCAGUUUAAACGGAGGUCAAAUUAUUAUGAACAAUAUGGCGAGGUCGAGAGCCCCUUUGCCUGGCUUCUCGUCAUUCGUAUAAUUCAUUUUUAACAAAAAGCUUUUAAGUAGAUAGGGUGCCGGUUUAGCGUAACGAUGCCUUGAAAUCGUUACGCGACUAUUAAGUUAAAGCGAAUUUGUGUGCUGAGUCAGAAUUGGUUCCAUGAUUCCGAAAUUAUUUAAACGAAUUGUUGCAUUAGGAUGAAGAUUUUUAAAUUCACAGACACAGGGGAAGAGACUGAUUGUUGAAACUUGAAUCGUUCUCGUAGAGUAAAGCUAGUUCGAUAGAAUUUUAAUAGCUCAGCACUGAAAUUGAUAUAUACAGAGUUAAAGACUUACGUUGAAACACGUAUUCACGAGUGUUUCACGCACGCUGACAUUUCGUAUAGUAAUUUUAAUGCUUCUGGCACCAUCAUAUUGUGAUAUAUUGAGAUACAUAUUAUUUAUAAUUUUAGAUAAGGUCGUAAUGUGUAUAAUGAAUAUUUUUACUUUUGUUAAUUAAAUUUAAAUCGGAAUGCUGCACGGAUCUCGAGUAAUGCAACGCUUGCAUUUCUUUAACUAUAAGAUGAAUACAUUAUUCUAAGCCAUCUGUUAACGUGACGUAUGAAAAUGCAAUAGAUGCGAUGUUAUUAGUUAAACAAAGGGUAACAUAAAAACGAUAACUGCCAACAACAACCGAGUGGUGAUUAUUAAAAUGAAAAAAAUAAAAACAAUAUUUUAAUACUAGAUUAAUAUGGAAAAUACGAUGAAAUCUCUGUUGAAAAUUUUUUAAAUAAAUACUUAUUCAAUAAACGUAUUGACUGCAAUGUCACUUAUCAAUGCAAGUUUUAUAACUCCAAUGAAGAAAUCUCUUCAAUGUUACGAAUUCAAAACCUAUAUGUAUUCGUGUUGUAAAGAAGAAAUUAGAAAAUGUAAGAGAUCAAUUUAGAUUUAUAAACAGUUCACAAUCAGGCCUAUCAUAUCAAUUUUGAAUACGCUAAAGAUUUCUGAGUCUGAUAAUGUUAUUGUAUCGAAUAAACAGUAAACAUGCGAAUGUUUACGUAAAAUGUGACUGCGUGCAUUUGUAAUUAUUUAUAAGUGACUUCUUCUUAAUAUAAUAGACAAUGUACAUAAAACUUGUAUUAAUUACGAGUUAGCGAUACAUACCGAAUACGACAUCUGUACAUUUAGUGCACAGCUUAGGCAAUGUUAGGUAAAAAUUUAUGCUGAAUAAUCUAUAUACAACAUGUAUUUAACUUUUUAUAAGUAGAUACUUAUCAGUUAUCUCCAUUAUUUAUACAAUUCAGUUUUAAUAUGUUAACAUUUGCAUAUGAAAAAUGUAUGCAAUUUGUUCAAUUUUCAGCAAACAAUUCAUUCAUUUGUAGUUGUAUUAUAUCACACUUACAGUAUUGCAAACCAUCGUCAUACAUGGAUUGAUUCAACUUAGAACCGUUACUCAUUUUAUCAUCAAACAUCUACUCAGUGUAAUUAUUCUUCCAUAGGAGAAACAACUAUUAAGCGCGAAGAACAUUUCAGACUGAUAUCGAUGCAUACAUGAAAUGUUUUUCUUUGUUUAGUACCAAUUUUAUAAUAAAAGCUAUAGAAGUGAUACAAAUUAAAUGUUUUAAAUUUGUAGAAAACAAAAUGAAUCGUGAAAAAUAUUCUGUGACAAUAUGCGUUGAAAUUUAGAAAUUUGUUACUAAAGAUAAUACACACGUUGAAAGUGAAUGGGGACAUGAUUGAAAACUCAAAAGAAUGACAAUUAUAAUUCUACCGUAUUUAAUAGAGCAAUUAUUAAUAAUAAUUGAGCGAUGAACAAAACUAAUAAAUUAAACUUAAUAUUUUCA